AGAUCGAUUAGUAUAAAAGAUUGUUGCGAUCGAUUGGACGGUUAUAGAACUUAUUCCAACGUUAAACCGUAAAGAAAGCUUAAGAAAUAAAUCAACUCAGCAACAUGAAGUUCGCCGUCGUCGUAGUCUUGUUCGCUUUGGCUGUGGGUGUGCAAUCAUCAGUCUUUCCCUUCCCUUAUGUGUGGGGAGGAGCGCAUGUUCCAGCAGCUGUUACUGUGGCCGCUUCACCUUGGCCAGCUGCUGUAGCUGUUGGUCAUCCUGGUCCCGUUCAAGUGGUUACUGGCCCUGCUGUAGUGCCUGUCCCCGCUGUAGUAGCUCACGGGCCAGCCUCGUUUGUGGCUAAGACUCGCGGUGCCGUUCAUGUUGCUCCUUUGCCCGGCCAUCUCAAUUCGGUGGCAUCGGUUAACUUGCAACCCGCUCCAGGCACCUGGUAAACCCUGCUGUAAACUAAUACUUCAUUAGCAUGUACACACGUCAUUAUCUGGCCAAAUGAUAUUUAUUUCAAUCACAUGAGUACACACACGCAUAAAAUUCAUGCAGCAUUGGGGGUCCACUGAUGUAAUUGUCAUAAAUUACUUUAGCUUAACAGUUUUUAGGUAUUUUUCAUGGUUGCUGUUGCAAUAAAAGUCAGUGAAAACAAAUCACAACAAAAAA